AUGGCUUCCACAGAGAAAGCAGAGGAACAAGCGUUCUUACCUCCCGAUGCCUUCGAAUAUAUCAAUUCCAUCAAACGUGUCCGGCCCGAACUUUUCAAUCGCUGGAAGGCUUCCAAUUCCUUCGAUAGUUAUCUCCAUAUACCUCCGCCCAGCCACCGGGUGAUGGUGUACAAGGCAGAGCUUGAGCACGAAAGGAUACUGAAGGCGAUGGGGAAUGUGUACGCACGGUUACCAUCCUACAAGAGUGGUUGUUUCAAAGAACUUCUUCAAUGGCUAAAUCGGUUCGACUUCGCUCAAGACGACGAGGUGUUUUUCGGCAAAUUUAUUACAGAGAUUAUGGGGGAAGGGGGAGAAGAGUGUGAUAUUACUAGAACACCUAUCCUUCAGACUCAAACUCACAAAUUUUUCCUUUUAUGGUAUACUGAACUCACACCAAUGACUGCUGCCCUCGAAAAUAAAUCCGGCAUUGCAGAUGUCAAGAAUGAGAAGUUAAUGAAGGUUCUUCAUGAGUUCAACCCAGCUCUUCAAGUAGAGCGCGAUUCUGAUACCGAAGAACGUGUUCUCCCUCUGCGGUUCGGCCUCCCAGUGGGACCAGUGGCAUGCUGGAAAAAGGGGGAAAGACGACCGUGGGACGAGAAACUUGCUGCGGUUGGAUAUACUCCGUUUCAUCUUGUCUUCCAUCCAAUUGACAAGAGCUUUUGGAUGGUGGUGGAUCGCUACCUCGACUAUCAAGCCUGGGAUCCUCCCGAUGACGUCGAGCCUGAAUUUCAGACCAACGAGCUAGUAGCCCAAACCCUGGGCAACCAUUUUGGGACGCGGAAGGAUAUUAUGGUGGCCGAGGCAUUCCGCCUGGGGACAAAGGAUAUUUGGUUCCUUGAAGAGGAAAAGCAGGCGCGUCAGCUCGACGGCGGCGUAGGCUUCGAUGGCAACGAGUCUGAAGAACUAGUUUCUCGAUUCGAUUGCGGAGAUUCGCCGCCGACUAUUGAUUUCUCCAGCCUUCCAAAGGUAUCGCUGUUUCGAGACACAGAUCCCCCACAAGUUCAGUUCGCAGCGCACACCCGCUUCCAGAGCUAUCUUGCAGAAAACGGGGUGGUGAAAGGACGCUCAUGGCUGAGUGUGUCACCAGUGGAUAAUUGA